UGGUUGCAGUUGGUCUCAUGUGUCAGUGCACGGCUGAGCCUGAAGGCAGCUGCUCUCUGGUGAGUCUUCUUCAUGACAUUUUAUUUCUUUAAAUCAAUGUGUUGUUGCUGUGUGGGACUUAGCUAAGGUAGCUAAGGUGCUAACAUUGUGACACUCAAGUUGUGAGUUUAUGCUCUCUUUAAACUCUCCAGAAGUAAAGCACAUGACUGUUAAUUCAUUAAUCAUUUAAAUUUUGCAAUGAUGUGUAAUGUUCAAUAGAGGCCAAAUGGAGGAAGAAGUGAGGUAUACUGUAUUAUUGAGAGAAAAAAAAAUGAAGGUUGCAAUUACAUACUUGUCCGCUAGAGGGUGUUAAAUAUAUACUGUAUUAAAAAAAGAAAAAUACCCAUACUAACACUGACAACAUUGCUGUCACAGCAGGUGGAAAAAGGCUGCUUUAGUUAAAAAUGACGCUGCCUCUUCGCCGUGUAGGAAUGACUUCUGCCGGGAAUCUCUCUGAAGAGCAGGUCCACUGCUCCAUCUGCUUGGACGUCUUCACCAACCCCGUUUCCAUCCCAUGUGGGCACAACUUCUGCCAGAGCUGCAUCCUGGGAUACUGGAAGACCAGCCCUCUGUACCAGUGUCCCAUGUGCAAGAAGUCCUUCUACAAGAGGCCCGACAUCAGCAUCAACACCGUUCUCAGGGAGAUCGCCGAGCAGUUUAAGGAGCUCCGGGUGAAGAGCGCAGAGGUUAAGCCCGAGAAAAAGUGGAUGAUGGAAAAGCAGAAAGAGGAGGAUGAAGAGAAGCUUUUGGAGGAUGAUUAUACAGACAUAAACAAAGAUGACAUCAGUAAAAGGAACACAGAAGUGGUAGAACCCUGUCAUGAGGAGCCUCCUCAGGCUUCGACUCCCACCUGGGAGGAGGUCCUGUGUGAUGUUUGCCUGGGAGAGGGUCGUUCCAAAGCCAUAAAAUCCUGCCUGGUGUGUCUGACAUCCUACUGCGACGAGCACCUGAAGUCACAUGCCAGCAGAUUCACCAAGCACAAGCUGAUUGAACCCGUGGCCAACAUGGAGGACCGCAUGUGUCCCAAGCACGAGCGCCUCUUGGAGCUCUUCUGCAAGAAGGAUCAAACAUGCGUGUGUGUCCUGUGCACGGAGACUGACCACCGAGCGCACUAUACCGUCCCUGUGGAGCGGGAAUGGAUGGAGAAAAGGGCCCUGCUGAAGAAGAGCCAAGUUGAGGUCCAGCAGAUGAUCCAGGACAGAGUAAAGAAGGUCGAGGAGAUCAAACACUCUAUGGAGCUCAACAAAGCAAGCAGUCAGAGAGAGAUUGAUGACAGCAUGCAGGUUUUCUCAGAGUUGAUCCGCUCCAUCCAGAGAACGCAAGCCGACUUAGUCCUCGCCAUUGAAGAGACUCAGAGGCGCACUGAAAGCCGGGCCAAGAACCUGGUCUCAGAACUGGAGCGGGAGAUCGAGGAGCUUAGGCGGCGGAAUAGUGACCUAGAGAACAUGGAUAGAACAGACCACAUUCACUUCUUGAAGAACUUUCCAGCUCUGAGCACCGCACCUUCAGUCCAGGACUGGUCUGACACGAGCAUUCCCACUGAUAUUUGCGUCGGCUUGAUUAGGACAGCCGUGUGCAAACUGGAAACCACAUUAAAGGAGAUGGUGGACAAACUGGCAGACAGAGAGAUCCAGAAAGUUCUGAAGUACUCAGUGGACGUCACUUUGGACCCAGACUCCGCCAACCCAUGGCUGCAGCUCUCACAGGACCGACGGCAGGUACGCCACCUGGGGGCGUGGCAAGAUCUCCCCGACCACCCCAACCGUUUUGACACUGUGGUCAUCGUCCUGGGCAGAGAGGGCUUCACCUCGGGAAGACACUACUGGGAAGUUCAGGUGGGCGACAAGGAUGAUUGGUACCUAGGUGUAGCCAAGUCAUCCGUCAACCGGAAGGGUCGGAUCUCUGUAAGCACCGCCCAUGGCUACUGGGCCCUGGCUAUGAAGAAGGGCCAUGGGUACCGCGUGUCCACCACGCCACCAUUACAGCUCGCACUCAACACCAAACCCAAAAUGGUAGGCGUGUAUGUGGACUACGAAGAGGGGCAAAUAUCUUUCUACGAUGUCAGGGCUCGGACGCACAUUCACACACUGAGCGACACAUUGAAUGAAAAGAUUCUGCCUUUUUUCUACUUGUACUGUUGCGACAAAGCCUCCGAUACCGUCGCCAUUUGUCCUGUCGCUGACAAAAGCCUGAUCAAACCGAGUUAAUCAAUCACAACAUAUUGCUAGAUGCUUGUUCGACUUGUAAUCGACUUAGUCUGACAGCUUGACGUUUUCCUUUACAGUGAUGACAGGAAGAUAGCUUCACAUUAACGGGUGUCACCCAGCACCAAAUGUCUUACAGUCUUCAUGAAAGCUAUUUUUAAAGGUACCAAAUGUGUCUCAUAUUCUUCUUAAAGCUGCUGCUUGCAGUGGUUUAGUGCAGCAAGCAUUAUAUCCCAACUUGCAUAUGAUUUGACUCAUAUAGCAAUCAUCAUCAUUUUAAAUCAAUUUAAAAAUGUUUGAAGAUCAUAUGUGACUGGCACACUGAACGCCAGUCAUCUU